AAGCCAGGGGUCGGCAAUGUUUUUGGGCAGAGUGCCAAAAACACCUGCAACCUCGACUUGUACGAUGCUGGCGUGCCAGGGGCGGUGGCAGUGCAGCCCAGCCCACCGUCCACUCUCAGGUGUAUGUGCCACGCAAAAUGCCUUUGUGUGCCACACUGGCACCGGUGCCAGGCGUUGCCUACCCCUGGGCUAAGCUGUCAGCUUCUGCCACAUCUGUAAUGUGUGUCCGGCUCUCAUCUGAGCGCUCGCUAAGGACAAUGGGAGUGAUUUGCAAUGGGGAUAAUAGGAGCAAUUUAAAGUCCUAGGCCAGCCAGCUUGUCCGUCCCAGCACCACACCAAGGUGCAUUUAGGACUCCUGUGCGGUGCCAGGCUGGGACUGACACUCAGCGAGCUGGGCCUGUUGAAAACCACAGGCAGCAUUACCAUGCGACCGCUCAGAACAGAUUUAAUACACUGAUGCUCGCUGAGCUCUUAAUAAAGCCUGUGCCAAGUGUCCCAUGCACAAGGGCGGUGCACUGAGGAUAGAGCAGCCUGACACCACUUAGCAUUUUGUGGUUUGUGCAUAUAUGUGCUUUAUGCCGGCAUCACUGAGUUGCACUGUACACGCACCAACCAGUGCAGCUGCUUAUGCGUGGUAGUGUGAGGUGGGUGUUGGCAGGUUAAAAGCAGGUCACCCCCGCCAUCAUCAUCCAUUCAGGCACAGCUGAUGGUGCCAGGCGGGGGUGCAGUGGGAACACAAAUGACGGAGAAGGUCAGUGGGUGACAAGCCCCCUCCACAAACUUCAUGUUUCCAGCAUCCUGCCUUGCUGUGAUACUCCUACAACCCUGCAUGUGCUGACUUUUAGCAGUUAUGCAGACAGUAGACCAGCACAAUUGCAGCAACUGAACCCACGGCAUGGGAGGAGGUUCUCAAAUCAAUCUCGGUGUAGCCAGUUUAACCAGGUAAAGCCAUUUUUAGAGGCAAGAGAACCGGUAAACUGGCUGUCAGAUUAACUCCAGUUGCUCCCCAGGACCAAGUGGUGUAAUUCUAGCACCGUGUUUUCCAGACUGCGGUUCUUGGCUGCCCUUGCUCACAAAGUCAACUUGCACCCACUAUUUUUAAAAUAGUUUUCAGCUGCAUUACAUUUCCCAUGGACGUCUGUGCUUGAUCCCACUUGUUUUAAAUGUGAAGUAACCACGGCAACCCUUUGUUCUGUAUUAACACUUGUGUUUUUAAUAUGUUUUUGAAAUAGAGUUGAGCGGAUGGGAACAAAGACACGCUUUCGGCCUUAAGACAAGCCUGGAUUUUAAUUCAGUCUGAGUCGUGUCAGGGAGGGAUGGUAAAAGGCAACGGGCUGGGAUUUGGGGUUGAGCUCCCCACUCUGCCCCAGACUCCCUAAGUGAUGUUGAAUAAGGCACUUAAUUUCUCUGUGUCUCAGUCCCAUGUAUGCAGAGUCAAAGAAAUGUCAGGCCAGAAGGGACCUCAGGAGGUCACAUCCAGUCCAUCCCUCAGCUCAAAGCGGGAUCAUCUGUGACUCAACUGUCCAGAGGUGUAACUACAGAGCAGGAGCGACCUGUGGCUUCUUGAACUGCAGAGAUACUGGUUUGCCCGCAUGCCAGCCGCAAUGGAGAAGGAGCCUCUGCUGCAGCUGCGAGUCUUCGACCUCAAUUGCUGGGCAAUCCGCUACCUGAGCAAGCUGCGACAGGAGCGCGUCCAGAUGAUUGCAGACACCCUGAGCCAGGAGGGCUAUGACCUGGUGCUCCUCCAGGAGGUGUGGAGUGAGACGGACUACCGCACGCUGAAACAGAGGCUGUCUGCAUGCUACCCUUCCUCCCACUACUUCCGCAGUGGAGUGAUUGGCAGUGGGCUCUGCGUGUUCUCCAAGUACCCGAUCCUGGACACCUUCCUGUACCAGUACUCCCUCAAUGGCUAUCCCUACAUGCUCCAGCAUGGGGACUGGUUUUGCGGCAAAUCUGUGGGGCUCCUUGUCCUCAAGAUCCAGGAGAUCGUCUUCAACAUCUAUGUGACCCAUCUCCAUGCAGAAUACUGCCGGGAGAAGGAUGCGUACCUCCCCCAUCGAGUGGUGCAGGCCUGGGAGCUGGGGCAGUUCAUACAGCACACCUCAAAGGCAGCUGAUGUGGUGCUGCUGGGUGGGGAUUUGAACAUGCACCCCGAGGAUGUGGGGAUUCGGCUGCUGCGAGGCUGGACAGGCCUGCGGGACUCCUUCACUGACGCCGAGCGGUUCGAGGGCUGUGAGGACGGCUGUACCCUGGUGCCAGACAACUACUUUACAAACAAGAAGGAGCUGCAGCCCUUCCCACUGGGGAUCCGCAUCGACUACAUCCUUUACAAGGGUCAGUCCAACUUUGCGGUGAAGUGUGACAGGCUGGUGACCACCACAGGAAAAGCUCCUGGCAAGAGCAUCCCCUACUCGGACCACGAAGCCGUCAUCGCUACACUCUACGUGAAGAGGCACGGGGAAGCCAAGGCCCCGAACAGUAACACAGUGGAGCCAGCACUGGUGGACAUCAUGAACGAAGCCCGGACCGAGGUGCGGGUGGGGCUGCAUGCCGCCCAGCGCCAGCGCUACUCCAGUGGCCGCAUGGCUAUCCUGGCCCUGCUCCUGCUCCUGCUGCAGGCCGUGAUGGGCCUGAGCUCCCUGGUGGGCUGGGCCUCACCCCAGCCCUUCCCCAAGUUCUCCUUCUCCGUCCUGGGCUCGCUGGCUGUACUGGUGCUGCUGGUCUCGGGUGUGCUGCACAUCUUCCAUGCUAUCGAAGUCAAGGUGCUCCAGGGCACUGAGGACCAGAUGAGGCUGGCUCUCCAGUCGCUGCAGGACCGGCUCAGCACCAAGUGAGAGGCCAGGUUUGGGGGGCAUGGGUAGGGACCAAAAGCCUGCAGGAGCCUGGGCACUCUGCAUGCUGCACUGCACUGCCAGCCCCAGACUCUUUUAUAGUUCAAUUUAUUUUUAAAUAAGUGGCAUUACAAAGCAUUUGGUAAUGGACAGGAGUGCGGCGGGUUUUAUAAUGACCUUUUGCAGGCCAAUAAACCUUUUUGACCAGGGUCAUUUUAUUCCCUGA